AUAUGGCGGGUUUAUGGAGUCAACAUCAUGGUGAAGACGCAUCAACGGGAGACUUAUCCCUAGUAGAGUCGCGGCCAUACACUCCGAAAUCUAAAAAUGAGGAAGAGAGCGACCAAUCUUCCAAUGCGUCGUCUCAGAUCCUAGUUCCACCGCCAGAGCGCCCAACUCAGCCACAUCCACUGUCAAGAUCACUCUCGGUAGGGUCAAGAGUUGUAGCAGCUGUGGCCGUUCCACACAAUGAGCGUAGGGGGUUGCUUGCAUUUCUGACACUUGUCCCAGAGGUCACGAAGCCUACUGACUAUACCUCUACUACGAAAUGGUCUCUAACGGCACUUGUUUCAAUAGCGGCUGCUGCUGCUCCAGCUGGUUCCGCCAUUAUCAUGCCAGCCCUUGCUGACAUUGCAGAAGACUUUGAUUCCAACCCGACAGUGACGAAUCUCAGCUUGGCACUCUACGUGCUUUCAAUGUCCAUAUUUCCUCUAUGGUGGUCGUCGUUCAGUGAGACACUGGGUCGACGAACAGUAUAUGUCGCCUCAUUCAGCCUCUUCCUUGUCUGGAAUGUCCUCUCUGCCGUUUCUGUGAAUGUUAUUAUGUUCAUAGUUAUGCGUACUCUCAGUGGCGGUGCUGCCUCGAGCGUACAGGCUGUUGGAGCUGGGACGAUUGCAGACAUAUGGGAGCCGAAAGACCGUGGGAAAGCCAUGGGACUUUUCUAUCUGGGACCACUAUGCGGACCUCUCCUCGCCCCUAUGAUUGGAGGUGCUCUAGCUGAUGCUCUAGGCUGGAGAAGCACACAAUGGUUUCUGGUGGGAUUCGGUGGGAUCACCUUGAUGGGCAUCCUGCUUCUUCUGCCGGAGACUUUACUAAAACGUCAGCAAACUGUCGUAAGGACUACGAAAGUAACAGACCAUGUAUCGGAAACUGGAGACGUAGAGCCCAGACAAGACAUCGAUCCGGAAGCAGUCUUAGGGCCGAAACCUCUUAGACGCGCGUCCACGAUGCAGAGCAUCCAGCUCAAAACAAGCAAGUGGAUUCGAGUACUACGACGAUGUUUGGUUGAUCCACUUUCAAUUCUCCUUCUGCUCCGCUUCCCUGCUGUUCUUGUCACCGUAUACUAUGCUUCUAUCGCUUUCGGCUCCUUAUAUGUACUAAACGUCUCCAUACAGGAGACCUUCCGAAUCCCACCAUACGGAUUUUCGGAUUCUAUCAUCGGAUUGCUGUACAUUCCAAACAGCCUUGGCUACUUGAUUGCCUCUCUCGUUGGCGGUCGGUGGGUUGACUAUAUUAUGAAGAGGGAAGCGAGUAAAGCUGGGCGAUACGACGAAAAAGGAAGGCCGAUCUUCCAACCUGAAGACCGCAUGCGAGAGAACGCAUGGCUGGGAGCGGUCUUGUUCCCCAGCGCGCUCCUCUGGUACGGGUGGGCUGCACACAAUGGCGCGACUUGGAUCAUCCCGAUGAUUGCAAAUUUUUUCUUUGGUAUAGGCAGCAUGUUAAUCUUUCAACUCGCAACCACGAUGCUUACAGAGUUUCUUCCACGCCAGGCGUCGACUGGUAUUGCAGUGAAUAACUUUGCGCGAAACAUAUUCGGCUUCGCUGGCUCUGUAGCUGCUGAACCUGCAAUUUUAGCUAUUGGGAAUGGCUGGCUCUUCACUAUUCUCGCCAUUGUUGGUAUCAUCAGUGGUCCGAUGUGUGUAUGGAGCAUGAAGAAGUAUGGCACGAAAUGGCGUGAUUCGAUGAAUACUGCCAUGAAUGCAACAUGA